GCCCCUGUGAAUGUGAGCAUAAUAUAAAUGCAGCAGUUGCAGAGAUCGUUAGUUCUUAUGGGAAUGGAAAUCGUCUGCAAUCGUAGCGUCGCUUGAACCGACGUCGUCGUUGUCCGCGCGCGUCGCCGCGCUGCUCGAUAAAAUCGACGCCGCAUUUAGUCGGCGUCCAACAUUCAUGCGUGGAAACACACUCGAGAGCGAGCGGUUCGAGAGAGAGCUGAAAAUGUAUCGUGAACGCAAAGAUUCGCCCGGCCACCCGAGAUCGCGUUGCGCUUAACAACCUUCCCGAAAUACAAGCGGCGGCCAUUCGAUUUGUUAAUUCGACAGUUGUUGUUUAAAAAAACCCAGUGCGUUUGUGAUACGCCGAUUUUCCAGGCAGCUAGCGAGCGUGAGAGCGUGUGUUGCCUGCACUUUGGGCAUGUGACGUGAUACAUUGAGCUGUUAUUUUCUGUUCGAAACUGUUCGUCUCUUUUGCACGUGUGACGUCAUCAACAAUGUGUAUUCGAGUCCGCAUUGUGCGCUAGGAGUUCGAUGACGACCGGCUUCAUGGUAAUGGGACAGCAGGAGCAACGCGUUGCCUUCCGGUGACCUUAAGGAAUGUUUAUCCCAGAUACAGUGCGCAGCUGCAUGGUGGAGCCGGAUGUAUCUUCCUAUCUGCAAACGCCGUCGUCGGGACAGGACGAGUUUCAUCCAUUCAUAGAAGCUCUGCUGCCGUUUGUUAAGUCCUUUUCGUAUACAUGGUUCAACUUGCAAGCUGCUAAACGCAAAUAUUACAAGAAACAUGAAAAACGGAUGUCGCUCGAGGAGGAGAGGCAGUGCAAAGAAGCGUUGCAAAACGAGAAGGCCGAGGUGAAACAAAAAUGGGCAUCUCGACUCCUGGGCAAGUUGCGAAAGGACAUCACGCAGGAAUGCCGCGAGGAUUUUGUGUUGAGCAUCACCGGUAAACGGCCGGCGGUGUGCGUGCUUUCGAAUCCUGACCAGAAGGGCAAGAUGCGGCGAAUAGACUGCCUGCGGCAGGCCGACAAGGUGUGGCGCUUGGAUCUCGUAAUGGUGAUCUUGUUCAAAGCGAUACCGCUGGAGAGCACAGACGGUGAACGAUUGGAGAAGAAUCCUGAAUGUUCGCAGCCCGGGCUCUGCGUCAAUCCGUACCAUAUCAACGUCUCCGUGCGCGAACUCGAUCUCUACUUGGCAAACUUCAUCAACAGUCAUGAAAUUCUCAGUGGAGUUUGCUACAACAAUAACAACAAAAAAGAGGACGAUAGGAAAAAUAAAGGAUAUACACAUAACCCGUAUAACGGCGUCAUUUGUAAUGACAUUAUUUUAGCCACGGGCGUGUUUUCCUCCAAAGAGUUGUGGAAAUUGUCGAAAUCUUCCAUAAUGCAGGAGGUUUCCGAGCCGCAGCCGAAUAUUAAUAGUGUUAAAUUAGAACACCCAGCGUACUACUGCAAUAGUUAUCAGGAUCAGGGUUCCGUCGUAGCAGAUCGAUCGGCUCCAGUCGACGCAAUGGUCGUCUCGGCUGCAUAUUCAAUGCCUCAAAACACCACAUUAGUGUCUUCCAGUUCACAGUCAACUAGUCCAAACACAUUGUUCUACCAACAUAGUCCAGAACCACAACAACACCAACAUGCGCAUCAAGUGAAGUACCCCGAAAAUGGCCAUGAUACCCUCUCUGACUUUGUGACGUUUGUGUGCCAAGAAACGGACAACACUUCCCAAACAUCUCAGUUUCAGAUGCAAUCAAAUAUGUCACGAAGCCCCAAACAGUACUUUUCCACGACAAUGCUUCCGCCCCCGCCGCUGCCUCCAAUGGCGCGACCCGUGGCCAUUAUUCGUUCCACCAACGAUGUAAACAUGUCCGGCACCAACUCGCCGCCCGUGAGCAUAACGCCACCGGGCAGCGAAGCGUCGCCGGUCGACGAAGUACCUGAAAUCAACACGUCACCCCCGCUGAGUCCCCAUGGUCACGAGCGCCGAAAAUCGCCGUCGUUGCGCAACAGCAUUCCGACGUCGGGCUCCUACUCACCCACCCGAGACUACGCCUUCAACCACUUUCACGCAGGGCAGCCGGGACAUCUCUUCAACUACCCUAUGGCGAUGUCUGGUGUUAUCAGUCCUACCAACCUGAGCAUGUAUACACCCGGUUCGACGCCCAACAGAGGAACCCGCUGUAGCACGAUACCGCGUUGGAAUCCGCCCCAGCUGUUUACGUUGGACCAAGAGGACUUUAUGAUCUCGCAUCCGGUGGCGGGCAGCAAUGCGGAGACAAAUACGAUUAUACUUAUGGAUGACGGCACGUCCGCGACAGCCUCUGCCGCCGACCAUAACGCACAAUGUUGCAAUAAUCACACGCUGACACAACUCUGCGACGCAGAUAGAUUCUUUCAGACGGCUGAAGGCCUCGAACACGCGACACAGAGAGAAUCUAAUGCAAAAACUCCAUAGCGAAACUAAACUCACGUAACGUACAAUAUUAAGCAAACUACAAACAAAACAUGCGUGUAGGCGUAAAUUAGGGAAGUCAAAAACGAAAUUACAGAACAAACUGCCUUAAUAUGCAGCUUUCUCUUGCCAAGUUUAUGUGUGAUCAUUAUUUACAAAGAAAAACUACAAAUUUUAUUAUUUCGUGCGCGUAUUGGUGCUCAAAUAGGGUAGUCACAUAGUUUAGAUAUAAAAAUAAGUAAAUACUUGCAAAUAACAAAAUAAGGAGAAUGGUAUACAAAAAAAAAACGCUGAAGAAUUACCUACAUUAUACAAACGACAAGCAUACGUACGAUAAGAUAUUAUAUAUGAGAUAUAUAUUCAAUUAUGAUAAAAUUCCACUCGCGUCGAACGACAUCUGAGGCCCAAAACGACUAUAUUAACGAUUACUACAUUUUGGAUACAUAUAUAUAAAAAAUGCGCAAGCAGUGCCCGCAAAUGUCGUUCGAUGGUCAAACAAUUACGAUACUCUGAUAUGAUGCGCGUUUGGAUUCCAAAAGUGGUGGAUAAUUCACCGAUGCCAAGGAUCGCAUCAGCCGUUCAAUGCUCAGCCAUUAAUUAAGUUGUGUGGUUUUCUCAGGUGGCGAUAACGGUGGCGACAGGCGACACUCGCGGCCGCGAUCGUGCUGAGUAACUACCGAAGCGAUGCCUUUGACAAUGCACUGGCAUUGCACGACUGAUGCGCGUCGAUUAUAUUAUAGGCUGUGCAUUGCUCUAGCCGCGGACACUGUUUUGUCCCUAGUCGGUGACUCGUUUUCUAUUCCGUUCCUAUGUUGGGUAGUAUAUCCAGCGCAGCUGUCUUCCACGACUGUACGUCUUCGGCGCGAAGAUUAUACACAGAGCGACGUGUCUAUCAGCGCUUCUUCGAGCAGUAAGCUGGAUCUGUGCCUUAGUAUUACAAUAAUAUUGAUAUUCUAGCAUAGAAUGAAACAAAAUUAAAGCGACACAAAAUCGAAACCAAAGAAACAUUCGUCCACACUUUAAAUCGCUAUCUACAAUAAAAUAACUAUAACUUUUUGGCAAUGAUCUAAAGUGUAAGCGAAUAUACUGAAUAUGGUGGCAUGGAGAAAAUUGAUAAUAAUAGAAAACAAAGCAAUGAAUUAAAAAAUGAGCUCACAGAGAUUAGUUCAUCCAGCCAAUCAUAAAAUAAAAAUACGAAUUAAAACUAAACAAACGAAAUAUGAACGAACAGUGUGGGCCUUUUAAUUUAAACGACGACUAAGAGGAUUAAAAGUUAACUAUUUAUAUACGAAAGGAUCAAUGUAAGCGACAUUGCGAUGACCUUGUGUUUGUGGUUACUUUCAAGGUGGAAGUUGGCGACACACAAAUCUAGUCUUCCAACUUGCAACUAACCAUUUGUUGUUGAAGGAAGCUGCGCUCGCUUGCGGUCAACAAGUGAGCCGGCUUCUGUUAUAUCAAAAUGCAACGACGAGUGAUAGCUGAAAGCGACACUUAAACGACUAUCACUUGCAGUGUGCAAUUUGUAUGUUAUUUAAUAAUGUAUGAUCAAACAGUCAAUUCUAGAAUGCACGUUGUCUUAUCACCAUGUCGAUUCCAAUGACAUUACGAGAAAAAACUGUGAUUGAGUUUCUUCAUUGAUGUUUUGCGGCAAUAAUAGACGGGAGAAUGCAUCAUCUACAAGCAACAAAUUAUUUUCUAGUCAUGCGACAUGCAGAGUGACCCCGACUGAUGUCCCCAUGUUUGAUAGCUCUUUAUUUAAUGCCUGCGAUGGAAAAUUCAAGAUGCAAAUAUUCGUAAUUAGUAAUCAUUAAGUGACAAUAAGUUUAUCACACAUUUCUAGUGGGACACUCUGCUUUAAACGAUUAUGUUGACGAUUUCCAUUCGCGGAAGUUGCUGAUAACCAUGCAAGAAUAUAAUAAAUAGCGUAACUUACAAUACAUUGAAGUGAAAACGAAAACGAACAAAGCAAAUAUGAGGCGAAUAUAAUAAUUAAGGAUUAAUAAAUUUGAAAUACUUAUGGUAUUAUGUACAUAACACCUUUGUUACUUAUAAUGUACUUAUAGAAUCGGGUGAUAUUAUAUAACCAGUGCCAUAAUAUUGUUAACUCAAUUGUUAGACGUUGGGAAGGGACGUCGUUAGUGUUGGUUAUUAUUAUUAUCAUUAUUAUUACUAGUAGAAAUGUAUUAAUUUUUAAGUUAUUAAAAUCAGAGGGUUUAUUAAUCAAUAA